AUGAAAGACGAUCCAACAACUCCCAACUCCCCUCACAGCAUCAGCUGGCUCUCUGACCGAACCCUCUCGGUCUCUACCACAUCAACCACAACCCUAGCAGACCCUUUAAGUCCCAUGAGCCUUUGCUCCAGCAUAACACCUCUAGACCUCACCGAAUCCCCCAUCCCGAUCGAAUACCGCACAAUCCCCUGGCGCGAAAGCCCCAACUUCCACCCCCAGUUCCUGCCUCUUCUCCGCCACCUCUCGGCCCAACUCUGGCCCCUCGUCAAUUGUGAAACAGGCCUCCAACACCCGGACUUCCCACCAAACAUGUUGGCCUACAACCUUCUGACCUCCGAGCAGGUCGAUAACCUCGCCCGCCAUUUCCAUCAGGUUUACCCGCCUGUCCCGGCUAGCUUUAAUUAUCCUGUUUAUAUUACCCCGUGGAUUGGCACCGCGGAGGAGAAGACCCUUGAUCUUCCUACGAAGGUAAAGCGGAUGGGGCGAUUUUUUGGAUUGAAGGGGUGUGAGGAGGGGGAAGUGGAAGUGGGUGUUGAUCAUGCGAAUGAAACUGGGAAUGAGACGAGUGAGAGUGCAGAUGAAGUUUUACAACAAAUGGAGUUGGAGUGGCAGCAGGCAUUACAGAGAGCGUAUACUGAGGAAUCCCAUCGGUGGAACUUGAAGUGA